AUGAAAUGUGCGGAAUUUGACGAAGACCUCACAAAAGCGAAUGAGUUAGGUCUCACUUGCAUCAAAAUGAUGCAGUCUCUCUUGGAGUGCAUGAUGCGUCAAGCGGAUAAGGUGGAAAUGUUCAAAAAGUAUCAGCGACCUGUAGAUUCGCUUCAUUCGAAAUUUUCGGUUUCCACAAAGAGUACGGUGCGUUUAGAGAUUUUCAUUUAUUUAUUUGAAUGUACGUCAGUCAUCAGUAUUCGCAAAAAAUAG